GCGGUCCUCGGCCGAAUGGUGAUAACGGCGCGGACGUCGGACGACUCGUGAGCGUGACUCGGGACGAGUGAAAAUCGGAGAGAUCGACGUUGUAAAACGUUUCGCGUCUCAUUGUUUCCUACCUAUUUCCUUCCGUUCACUCACCACUGUUACGGUUGUCAGUAGCCACGACCUACCAAAAUCAGUAGCGAAUCACAAUUUAUUCGCGUUGACGUGCGAUCCGAUCGUACGAUUUCAUCUCCCAUCUCCCAAAAUUGGUUUCAGAACGUCGCGGACAGCUCGACCAGUGGCUGACAUUCCGACCACCGUUGGACACAGUUGAUAGUUUUAAAGGGUAAAAACGAAUCGACCGGUUUUUUCACGUCGUUUGUCAUGGCUCGGGGACAACAGAAAGUGCAGUCGCAGGCCAAGGCCGCCGAAAAACAGGCCAAGAUGAAGAAGCAACAGGGUCAUAGCGCCAACGAACAGAAAAAAGCUGCACAGAAGGCGUUGAUUCACGUUUGCACCGUUUGUAAAGCUCAAAUGCCAGAUCCUAAAACGUAUAAACAACACUUUGAAAAUAAACACCCUAAAAAUGAUAUGCCUGAAGAACUGAAAGCUGUUUCAUGAAAGUGUAAUGAUUGAUUAAAUUGUAUUUAAUCACGUGUAAAAACAAAUGAAUACCUAAACUAUAAGUAAUAUUAAAGUUUUUUAAAUGAUUGAUGUUUUUUUUUUACAGUGUAUGAAUUUAUCAGUUUUUUUCUUUGCCUUUAGGUAAUUAAAUCUAUAGUACUUUA